AUGAGCCUGCCCAGACCCGGGCGGGGCGGCCGGCCGCUGUUCCUGAGCAUCCUGGGCCUCGCGGCCGCCGCCACCUUCCUGCUGUUCUACGCUCUCCUCUGGGAGGCGGGCGACCUCAUCCACCUGCCCGACCUGAGGAUCGGCUUCCACAACUUCUGCCUGUGGAACGAGAGCGCGGGCUGCCUGCAGUGCCACCGGUUCCCCGAGCUGGGGGCCCUGGGGCUGCCGCGGGGCGCCCUGGCCCUGGCCCGGCUCGGCGUGUACGGGGCCCUGGUCCUCACCCUCUUCGUGCCGCUGCCGCUGCUGCUGGCCCGCUGCCGGGGGAGCGAGGGCGAGUGGCACCUGGCCGUGUGCUUCCUGGCGCUGGCCUCCACGCUGCUGGCCGGCGGCCUGGGCCUCUUCCUCGCCUACACCUGGAGGUGGGUCACGCCCGCCCUCCUGGGGCCCGGAUUCCUGGCUCUGGCUGCUGCUCAGGCCUUGCUCGUCCUUCUGCUGAUGGCCACAGUCAUGUUCCCCCAGAGGGCAGAAGAAGAUGCCAAGAGCAAGCUGGACAGCUGCUAG